AUGAAUUUUCAAGAGAGGCUGCAAAACCUGUGGUCCCUCUCCUCCAGACUAAGGAUCACAACACCAGUGUCCGGCUGCUGCGCAAGGAGGUUCUGCAGAAUGUCUCGCAGGAAAACAAGAUGUUUUCCGUCAGUGACAGUGCACGCAGGCGCUUUCUGCUGUUCCAGAGAGCAUUUAAACAGUUGGACAUAGAAGCAGCCCAGACCAAAGCCUUUGGAGAAGUGGAC